AUGGAUGACAAACGUGAUUACCUUGAGAAUGUGAGCAGGCGUAACAAUCUGAUAUUUCACGGUGUCCCGAGAGGUAAUGAAACAGAGUCAUGGACUGAUUGUGAACUGAUUGUAAAAAAUGUCCUUAGGGACGACCUGCAGUUAUUAGAUGAUGUGAACAUUCAAAGGGCACAUCGCAUUACGAAGGGGAAGGCUAUUAUUGUUAAGCUAGCAGACGACAAGGACAAACACGCUAUUCUGAGGGCAUCUAAAGCUUUGAAGGACACUGGUAUGUUUAUUACUGAGGACUUCUCCCCAUUGGUGCGACAGAAGAGAAAGAAACUCCUCCCGAAGAUGUUUCAGGCGCGUGAAUCAGGUUUGAAGGUAUUUUUGCGGUUUGAUAAGCUGUAUACUGAGGAUAAUUUUUAUUCCUAUGACCUGGGGUUAGACUGUGUCACAACUGUCAAAUCAGGUCACAAGCCAGGACUUUCACGUGCAGUGAGUGCGUCUGAUGAUGUCAUCAGCUCGCCCGGCAUAAGCUAG